AUGAUGACGGUGGAGGGUUCCACAAUAAAGAGUCGGAUCAAAAAUCUUCUCCGCUCGCCAUCUAUCAAAUUGAGAAGGAAUAAAGAUCGGAACCAUAAAGAGAAUCUCAGUAACAAGGUGACAUUAGAGAAGGUGCUGGGGAUCACAGCAUUUGGGAACCGUGCUUUGGCCUGCGACCCUCGCUCCGGACUAGUGGCCUACCCAGCUGGAUGUGUGGUGGUGCUGCUGAACCCCAAGAAGAACAAACAGCAUCACAUCCUUAACAGCUCCAGGAAAACCAUCACCACUCUGUCAUUUUCCCCUGAUGGCAAGUAUGUGGUCACAGGAGAGAGUGGGCACAUGCCUGCUGUGCGGGUGUGGGACGUUGCAGAGCGGACCCAGGUGGCCGAGCUACAGGAGCAUAAGUACGGCAUCUCCUGCGUGGCCUUCAGUCCUAACAGCAAGUACAUCGUCAGCGUGGGAUACCAGCACGACAUGAUCGUCAAUGUCUGGGCCUGGAAGAAAAACAUUGUGGUGGCAGCCAACAAAGUCUCCAGUAAAGUGACGGCCGUGUCCUUCUCAGACGACAGCUCCUACUUUGUCACGGCAGGGAACAGGCACGUCAAGUUCUGGUACCUGGAUCACACCAAAUCCUCCAAGGUGAACGCCACAGUUCCUCUGCUGGGUCGCUCAGGGCUCCUGGGGGAGUUGAGGAACAACUUCUUCUCUGACGUGGCAUGUGGGAAGGGUCGUAAAGCCGGCAGCACCUUCUGCAUCACUUCCUCAGGCCUGCUCUGCGAGUUCAAUGACAAACGCCUGCUGGACAAAUGGGUGGAGCUAAGGACAACUCAGGCCACGUCUCUGUCUGUGACAGAGGAGCUGAUCUUCUGUGGCUGUGCAGACGGCACCGUGAGGGUCUUCAGCCCUGUCAACCUGCACUUCAUCUGUACCCUGCCACGCCCACACUGCCUGGGCACAGACAUCGCCACCGUGGUGGAGGCUAGCCACCUCUUCAGCCACAAGAUGGACGCCCGGUACCCUGACACGGUGGCUGUCUCAUAUGACCCUGCGAGCCGCUGGCUGUCCUGUGUCUACAACGACCACAGCCUGUACGUGUGGGACGUACGAGACCUCCGCAAAGUGGGCAAGGUCUAUUCCGCCCUCUACCACUCGGCUUCCGUGUGGAGCGUCGAGGUGUACCCGGACAGGGUAAGUGAUGGUGAGCAGCCCUGUCUGCCUCCAGGCUCCUUCCUCAGCUGCUCCUCAGACAACACCAUCCGGCUCUGGAACACUGACGGUCACAGCACCACCCUCAGCCGCAACGUCAUCAGCAACGACCUCCAGAAGAUCAUCUACAUGGACAACAACACGGCCGGCCUGCUGGACACAGAGUGCCUCAACUCGGGGAACGGAGAGAAGGCCGACCCCCAGACCUCAGAGACCAGGACGGGCAUCAGGACCAUGUGUGUGAGCCCCGACGGGCAGCACCUGGCGUCGGGCGACCGCACCGGCACCUUGAGGAUCCAUGAGCUGGUGAGCAUGGAGGAGAUUCUGAACGUUCAGGCCCACGACUCUGAGAUCCUUUGUCUGGAAUACUCCAAGCCUGAGACGGGUCUGAAGCUACUAGCCACAGCUAGUCGAGACCGUCUGAUCCAUGUGCUGGACGCAGAGCAGGAGUACAGCCUGCUGCAGACGCUGGACGAACACUCCUCCUCCAUCACCGCCGUCCGAUUCGCUGCCAAUGACGGCAAGGUGAGGAUGAUCAGCUGUGGCGCUGACAAGAGCAUCUACUUCCGCACAGCGCAGAAGUCAGAUGAAGGAACAGUGUUUACCCGCACCCACCACAUCGUACGCAAGACGACGCUGUAUGACAUGGAUAUCGACCCCACCAGGAAGUACGCCGCAAUUGGUUGUCAAGACCGCAGCGUUAGAAUCUUCAACAUCAGUAACGGCAAACAGAAGAAACUGUACAAGGGCUCCCAAGGAGAGGAUGGCACUGUUAUCAAGGUUCAGACCGACCCCUCAGGGCUGUAUGUGGCCACCAGCUGCUCAGACAAGAACAUCAGCAUCUUUGACUACUACUCUGGAGAGUGUGUGGCCACCAUGUUUGGACACUCUGAGGUUGUGACUGGAAUGAAGUUCACCAAUGACUGCAAGCACAUGAUAACUGUGUCUGGUGACAGCUGUAUCUUUGUGUGGCGUCUGGCCCCGGAGCUGACCAUCAGUAUGAGACAGCGUCUGUCAGACCUCAAACAGAAUGGCAAGCCAGUUCAGAAGACCCCACCUCACAAACCUUGCAAUCUCAGCACCAGGAGAGAGGUGCACAGAACCCCUCCCAUAGUCACCAUGUCCUCUGACAGCGACAAAGAGGUGGAGGGGAUAGAGGAGGAGGAAGAGGAUGAGGAUGAGGAAGAGAUGAUCUCUCCUUACAUGGUGUCAGGCUGCAGUGCAGAGGAAGAGACAGACACCUCAGACGAAAAGCACAACUCUCUUAACUCUCACGGCAGAGAACUGAAAAGGGAGAGCUCUUUUGGCAGGCGUUCCUCCCAGGGCAAUCAUCACUGUGAGGAAAGGGGUCCCCGUCCGCGGCGCCGCUGGGCCAGAGGCAUGGUCAGCAUGGAGCUGAUGGUCAAGUCCAUGUUGGACCUCAGACAGCUGGAUUCCUUCGCCAUGCCCCCCUCCUCCCCCAACAAGACCAAGACCCAGCCUGAUGCUUUCAGAGACCCAUUCAGGGAGGAUGAACUGGGCAGCACCAUCAGCCUGCAACCCCUUACUGCAUGGGGGGAUGAGUCUGAGCAGAGGUCCCAGCAGCGACCCCACAACAUCAUGUUCUCUCCACAGACCCCAGAGACAGGCUCAGUGAUCUACCCCGAGGGCUGUGAGGACAGGGCCAGCUUAGCUGGCAGUGAGUACCUAGUGAAAGAGCUACUGCCCGGGCCUGAGACCAGCAGGAGUGUGAAGGGGUACCAGAACCACAACCAGUGGAGCCAGGGCCACCGUGACAAACACAGCCCAGACAGCGCCUGCUCUGUGGACUACUCCAGCAGCAGAUGGUCCAGCCCAGACAGCCAGCAGCAGCCUCCUGGAGAGGACUCUGAGCCCACAGAGCCUCUCAGUGUGGAUGGGAACUCCUCUGAAUUGGACAUGGAGGAACUGGAGGAGGAAGAGGAGGGGGGCGUAGGGAGGGGAGAGGCCAAGGGGACAACAGUAGUACCUAAGACCCCUGACCAGGAGGCCUUCCUCAAACAGCACUUUGGCAACCUGGCUGAGCUUAAAAACCCAGUGAGCCCGACCAGAGUUGUCACCCCUGACAGUGUCAGCAUCUCCUCCAAGUUCCUGUCCCAAUGUUCUACUGGAAGCAGGACUGCCUUUCCAUUCCCAUCGAAGAGCGGUGUUGAGGGGAAGGUAGCCAGCGGUGUGGUGAGGCCCCUGGUCUCUGAGGUGAGGCCCCUCAUGGAGCACAACCAGAGCCAAGGCCACAGCCAGAGCCACAGCCACAGCCAGGGCCAGAGCCAAGGCCAGGGCCAGAGCCAAGGCCACAGCCAGGACCAGAGCCAACGCCACAGCCAGGGCCAGAGCCAACGCCACAGCCAGGGCCAGAGCCAGGGCCAGAGCCAAGGCCACAGCCAGGACCAGAGCCAACGCCACAGCCAGGGCCAGAGCCAAGGCCACAGCCAGGACCAGAGCCAACGCCACAGCCAGGGCCAGAGCCAAGGCCACAGCCAGGACCAGAGCCAACGCCACAGCCAGGGCCAGAGCCAAGGCCACAACCAGGACCAGAGCCACAACCAGGGCCAGAGCCACAGCCAAGGCCACAACCAGGACCAGAGCCACAGCCAAGGCCACAACCAGGACCAGAGCCACAGCCAAGGCCACAACCAGGACCAGAGCCAAAACCAGGACCAGAGCCACAACCAGAGCCAGAGCCACAGCCAGGACCAGAGCCAGGACCAGAGCCACAACCAGGACCAGAGCCACAGCCAGGACCAGAGCCACAACCAGGACCAGAGCCACAGCCAGAGCCACAACCAGGGCCAGAGCCAACUCCAGGGCCAGAGCCAACUCCACAGCCAGGGCCAGAGCCACAACCAGGGCCAGGGCCAAGGCCACAGCCAGGGCCAGAGCCAACUCCACAGCCAGGGCCAGAGCCAACUCCACAGCCCGGGCCAGAGCCACAGCCAGAGAAAGGGCUCAGAAGAAUCUCAGAAGGGCACUACCGGGAGACUAGAAGUAGUGGACACUACCACUACGGAGAAGGGUCUGAAUCUCCGGGCCUCUCCUCUGAGGAAGAAGCUUUUUAACCCUGCAGUGGACUCCCGUAGGAUAGUCAGCCCUGUGGCCAAGGCUGCAGCAUCACACCUCACAUCUACAGGCAUGAGGAAGUCCCAGUCAGUCCAGAACCUGCACACUGAGGAAAUGCCUCUGAGCCUGUCUCGGCCCUCCAAGGAGGUAGCCCCUCAGCCCCAUCACUCCCAGUCUCAUCAAUCCCAGGCCAACGAGCGUCCAGUGACCCUCCCCACAACCCCCCGCCGCACCCUUCCCACUGUGUCCCCCCUCUGCAGCCCCACCUCCCCACAACCCCGGGACAUCACCAGUACCAGUCAUGGCACUGCCCCCACGCCCAGGAGCGUCAAAUCCCGCUGCUCCUACAUGAGCCCCACCACCAGCUCCAUGGCCAAGAUGUCCCGCUCCAUGUCCAUGGGAGACAGCCUAAACGUGGCCGAGGAAGAGUCUGGGUCUACAGAGUCACGCAGGGGGUCCAGCUCUGACACGUCCAACGCUCCCACCAAGAGUCGGAGCUGCUCCUCCCAGAGCUCCCAGAGUCUUAGUACUAAACCGUCUAACCCCGUGGCCGUGGUCUCUUCCACCUUAUCCUCCUCCUCCCCUCUGGCGUUGGGUUUAGCCAUGCCCCAUGCUGCAGUUAUCCCCACCCUCAUCACUAGCUCUCCAAGCAACUCCAACCCAACCACCAAGAGUCUGCAGGCUAAGCUGAUGUGCAGCACCCGGCCCCAGCUCAACCUGGACAUCUCCAAGCCCCUCCCAGACAAGCCCUCCCUGGCGGUCUUCACUCCCAACAGUACCUUCAAGACCGCCGCCUCCUCCAAGACUGUCAAAGAGGACAACGACCUCUCUUCCAGAUCUCCAGUCAGCUUGUUACCUCACCAGGGCCAGACUCAUCCAGUACUCACCAACAAAGUCCAGCUAGUCACUGCACUGUCCCUCUCCCCAGCUCGGAGUCCUGAGGCGGAGCAGCGUUUUCUCACCACGGAGCUGCGUCCUGAGGCCCCCGUGGUAGACAACAGACUAGAACAGCCAAAGAUGGAGGAGAGCCAGGGCCUGACCCAGGAGAAGAGUCCCGCGAUGGAGGUGUCUCUACAGGGCAGUCCCGUAUACCUGCUGUCAUCUGGAGGUUCCGGCCAGGACCGCACAGACGGUUCUCUCAGUAUGGAGUCGUGCAGGGUGGUGGCCAGUGAGCUACAGAACACCUUUAGGAAGGCCUCCCAGCUCUACAGAAUGGUGAACAGUGUGCCUGUAGACUCCAGGCAGGAGCACCAUGAGAUGGCCCAGGUCCUGUCUGAGGCCUUUGAGGUGGUGAGGGCCGAGCUGAGCUCCCUGCCUCAGAGCUCACCCCCAUCCCCCUCUGGAGGGCCUGCAGCAGGAGGCUCCCUGUGUACAGUGGGCUGCCGGCCCGUAGGACCAGUAGAACCAGGGACGGGGAGAUUAGCCUCGGGGGAGGAGAGGACUCUGGCUCUGCUGGAGCAGUACUCUGAGCUCCUCCUUCAAGCUGUGGAGAAGAGGCUGGACAACAAGCAGCUCUCCUAAAUACUCCUCUUCUUUCACACCCUUCCUUGAAGACUGAACCAACCCCCUUGCAAAUGUAGGAUCUUAAGCCAUUGUGCAAGGAUAUCUGCAGACUACAGUACUUCUUUUUAUUUCAUUUUUUUCUCGACACGUUUUUAAAAUGAACAGAUUAAAAUAUUCCUGAAGGAUGCCUGUACAUAUUUUUUAGAAGUUCUUUUUUUUUUUUAAGCACUUAUCUCUCUCUCUGCUGCACCCUCUGGUUGGGUGGUCCCCUCUCUCCCUGUCAGAUCUCUGGAGGCCUAGGAGGGGUUUGGAGGGUUGGACUCAGCACAAUGGCCCACUGUAGUAGGCUAACAUGUAACACUCAUAACCAAUAGCACUGAUACUGUAAGGAGACUCCUCAGGAUGAUCAAUGCCUCAGCAUUCCUUCCCAGUGUGGCUGAGCUGCACUAGACUGUCAUUCAUCACCCUUCCUCCCUCUACUAUAUUGUGUGCUUCUACAGUACCUACCAGACACCUGCACGACCACUGGUUUUAUUUACCCCUGUUGCCAAAUAUUGUGCCCUGCUACUUUGUUUUAAUGAAGUUGUUGUUAUGGAAAUGCCAGAUGCCCUAGAGUUGCUGCGUUGGAGCCAGUGGCGUAGCGUAGUUUUGCGGGCCCCUCUUGCAUCCCCACAGAAAGAAAAAUGUGCAGAUGUAUAGCUUAUCUCAUGCUAUUUGACACAUAUUGCCAUGAGGCUGAGAGAAAAUGUUGAUGUUUUAGAGCUCAGGGAUUCUUGAAAGAUGGGACAAUGGGACAAUCUCAACUUUUUCCCCACAAAUAUUUGUCUUAAUAUUAACGAAAGUUGAAAUCUAUAUUUUGAUAGACCAAAGUACCAGCAAUCACACCAUGUAAAGGAAAAAGCAACUUCCAAACUUCUUUUUGUUUUAUAGUACUCCCCGAGUGGCGCAGCGGUCUAAGGCACUGCAUCUCAGUGCUAGAGGCGUCACUACAGACCCUGGUUCGAUUCCAGG